CCAAACAGAAUUGCAGCCAAAAAUGAGAACCAUAAUACUUGACACUUAUGGGCUCGUGAAUAUCUUGUUGGAUGAAUGGCGCAAGCGAAGAUGUAGAGGAGAAGUUAUUAUAGGGGAAGAAACUAGAAUAGAUUUGUCCAAGACGGUUCGAGCCACGUAUGUGAUGAGCUUGAAGGACAUGGAGAAGAUCAAGUUAUGGAUUGUUAAACAAUGCAAGAGAAAAAACCAGCCACAGCCUGUGCACUUAUCUCCAUAUGUAUUGACUUGUUCAUUUAUUUGGGUUUGUUAUGUAAGAGCUCAAACUCAAGUGGGUGCAUUUGGAAAUGAAAAAUACUGCUCUCUUGAGGACAAUCCACUCUACUUUGGGUUUAUUGCAGGUGGUUUAACCCGGUUGAACUAUUCCAUUCCUCCGACCUAUGUGGGUAACUGUGUCGGGUUCGGACGACCUGAAGCCAGAUUGAAUGAGCUAAUAGGGGAGGAUGGAAUUAUUGUUGCAGCAAAUUUGAUAGGAAACAAGAUUAAAGAGUUGGAUAGAGCAAUGUUUAUGAGGGCAGAUAAGUGGAUAUCCGAUUGGGAAGAGUUGAUCGGGUCGGAGCUCCACCUCAUCGCUGUCGGAUCACCCAAGUUAGAUCUCUAUAACACAGAUUUUGGCUGGGGCAGAGCUGAGAAAAUAGAGGAGAUUUCAAUUGAUUCCAUGAGAGCAAUCUCAUUAACUGAAAGCAGAGACAUGGAAGGUGGAAUUGAAAUUGGUUUAACACUUCCUAAACCUAACAUGGAUGCUUUUAACUCUCGUUUUUAUAAUCUUCUUAGUUCUCUUCAAUGAUUAAUUAUUUUACACUUGUGUCCCCUCAAUCUCCAAAAUAAAUGUAUGUAACUUAGUUUCUUAUA